CAGCGCUACAGAUCAAGUCAUCAAUCGCCAGACGAUUAGUACAUUUACAGCCAUUAACCAAAUUACAUAUGGUUUUAAACAAUUGAAAAUCUGAGAUUACAUUUUUAACUUAUUGAUUACCUAAUUAAUAACAUGCAUAGCUCAAUUAUUCGGACAUCACCGGAAAACCCUUGUGCAGAACUAAAGUAUGCCACUGAAACAACCAAAGAAAAGUUUAACACAGAAAUAACAGAUAUUAAUAGCUCCAAACCGCCUUACAGUUAUGUUGCGCUCAUUGCAAUGGCUAUACAGAACUCACCACUAAAGCGCGCUACACUCAAUGAGAUUUACAGCUACAUCACAUCACAUUUUCCAUAUUUCGAAAAAAAUAAGAAAGGUUGGCAGAAUUCAAUACGACACAAUUUAAGUUUGAAUGAGUGCUUCAUAAAGGUACCGCGCGAGGGUACAGGUGAACGCAAAGGAAACUAUUGGUCGUUAGAUACACAAUAUGAGAAUAUGUUCGAAAAUGGCAAUUAUCGGAGAAGAAGACGCAUGAAGCGACCUUAUCGUUCGGUGGGACAUUUUCCCAAGUUAAUGACUGACACCUGCCCCUCGAAAAUGAUUUUCAAUCACACACCUUGCCAGACAUACUACAGAUACAACACAAAUACUCAAUGGUUACCCACACAGACAAUAGCCGGUUAUGGUCCGUCUACAGUGAGAAAUAGCUAUCCGAAUAAUUCCGCAGCUAGUUUUUCUACACCAUUACUGGGUGCGAACAACUACAACAGCAUUAUCCAGCAAGAAGGAAUCUCUACCGAUGGCGUUAAAAUGAUGGAUCCAUGUCCAUGUCCCAUUUGGAAUACAAUUCCCGAUUUGAUGAUCAAAGAUGAGCAUUCAUCACAAAGCCAUGCCGAUGCGACGUUGAUCAGUUAUCAGAAGCAAUUUGCCUUACAUUGAUAAA